AUGCCUGGGACCGUAGCCGAGGGACCGACGGUCUCCAUGUCCUUUGCCAACAACUUCUGGGGCAAGGAAGAUGCUGGCCUCCAACCUAUGCUUGAUCGCAUGCACGCAUCGAAGGUUACGAGCGAUGAAUUGAAAGCUUUCUACAGCGUGCGCGCUGCGAUCGAAGAUGAAUACGCCCGAAAGCUCCAGGCACUCUGCCGCAAGUCCCUCGGAUCAGCCGAAUCAGGGUCCCUCCGCGCAUCGCUGGAUGUGGUCCGUGGGGAAACGGAAGCCAUUGCGAAGGCACACGCUGCGAUCGCCGGCCAGAUGAAGACCGAGCUUGAGGAGCCACUCAACGCAUUUUCCAAGGGAAUUAAGGAGAGAAGGAAAAUUAUCCAAGAUGGCAUUGAGCGACUGCACAAGAACAAGAUGCAACAAACACAAGUUGUCAACAAGACUCGUGAUCGCUUCGAACAGGACUGUCUUCGAAUUAAGGGUUAUCUUGCGCAAGGACACAUGGUGAUGGGUCAGGAAGAGCGCAAGAACAAGGCGAAGCUUGAGAAGACCCAAAUCCAGCUGGCUUCAAAUAGCAACGAAUAUGAAGCUGCCAUUAAGACCCUCGAGGAUACAACUGGCCGCUGGAACAAAGAAUGGAAGGCUGCUUGUGAUAAAUUCCAAGACUUGGAAGAGGAGCGCCUGGACUUCACAAAGAGCAGCCUUUGGACGUACGCGAACAUUGCCUCAACUGUUUGCGUCAGCGACGAUGCUUCUUGUGAAAAGAUCCGCCUAUCGCUUGAGAACUGUGAGGUUGAAAAAGAUAUCCUCUACUUCAUUAAGGAACGUGGAACUGGCCAGGAGAUUCCGGAUCCCCCGCGAUUUGUCAACUUCUGCAAGGAUGACGAUGACGUCUCCGAUAUUGACGAAGGAGAGGGCUACUCGGUUGCCCAGUUCCAGCGAGCUAUGAACCCUGCUUUCCGCACGUCCUCUCCCCAGCCAUCAACUUUCGAGUCCCACCAUGACCCACAGUCUGAACUCGCAGCUCAAAUGGGCCACCCGGCACUUCCAUCAGCACAGAGUGCUCAGCAACCUGCGCCCUUGGACCUCCGCAGAGGUGGCCAGCUGCCGCCCAACUACGACCCUGAGCAGCAUGGGGAGAUCAAUGCAGUGCCCCACAAUGCUUACCCGACUGAUGGCAUGACCAUGUUCUGCCGCACUGGCCCACCCUCGGAGCGUAGUUCAGCAACCAGCGCAUAUCGCCCGUCCAGCCGGGACUCUCAGAGUGAAGUGUCCAACCCUACAUCCAUGUCCAGCGUUGAGGCACCGAUCACAACCAACAAGUCUCCUCCAAAGCCAACCAACAGUGCGCCGCUUCCAAGUCAAAGCGAGGAUAGAUCGGUUCAGAAGAAGAAGAGUGCCUUCUUCAGCAACAGUCCCUUCCGUCGCAAGAGCCGCCACGACAAGGAGAGACCAACCAUUGGCAGUCAAGCCUCCUCGCGCAGUCCUUGGAGCUCUCCGACCAAGCAGCACAGUCCUUCAAAGGCUCCUCAACAAGUCCAAUCUGGUCAUCAUAGCCCUGAGCCUGUUGACCCCCGAGCUAACUUCCAGCUCAACGUUGGCAACAAUGUCUUCGAUGUUGCUUCGCCUGAUAAGAAUGCUAAGGCUGAAUCUCAGCAUUCCAAGGGAGGCGAGGACGAUACGGACCCUAUUGCCCGCGCUCUGGCCGACCUAAAGACUGGUGGAAAGCAGUCCACUUUACGCGUAUCGGCAGACAGGUAUCACGGAAUCCAGACACCCACUCCUUCGGCUCCUUCAUCUGCUUAUGGCGGUAGCUCUACGGGUGCUCCUCCAGCCUACAACGAUCCUUCUGUGAAGCGACUCGACGCUCCGGAGCCUGCCUUUACAUCCAAGCAGAUGCAGAAGACUACCCAAAGAUACACUGGACAGACCCAAAGCAUGCUCCGAGGUGGAGCCAACAGUCCGAAUAUGUCACCCGCCGCCAGAACCGAGGUCCCUCGCGCACGGUCACCGGCACCUCGCCGCAGCGCCAGUCCUCAAGUGUCUCCCCGGGUGGACACUCGAAUAGGCGCCCAGUACAGUGGAUCCGCUAGCCCAGCCCAGAGCCCAAUCGCCUGCCAGUCUAGCAGCGUGCGCAGCCGCUAUAGCCAGUCCCCUACGCCCCGUCGCGCGCAAGAACCUCCAUACUCACCCAACGAUUAUGUCCGACGGGGCUCCCCAGCUGCCGCAAACCGCGCGGUCUCUCCUCAGCCCCAGUUCAGGCAGCAGACCCGUCCUUCCAGCGCUGGUGGUAUGGAACUGCAGCUGUCUGGUGGCCAGGUUGAACCGUAUGGCGGGGGUGCUCGCGAUGGAUAUGGCUCCUCCCCUCGUCGCGGUGAUGGUCGACCUAUGUCGCACUAUGGCGACGGCGGCGCUGUUCCUCCGCCAGUUGGCCGCUCUCGAAGCCGUACCCUUGCUGUCGCGGAGUCUGGAAGGAAAUUCAGCCGUGAUGGACGUCCCGUCCUCCACUUUGGUAAGCAUCGACUCGAACAUGUUCUUAAAUUGGAUUUUAUCUUACUUGUCUUCAAACUUGCAGCUCGUGCAAUGUACAGUUACACUGCCGCCAUCCCUGAAGAGCUCGGCUUCACCAAGGGCGAUGUUCUGGCUGUUAUCCGCCUCCAAGACGACGGAUGGUGGGAAGCCGAAGUCACCAACGCCCGCGGCCACCCAGGCCUGGUGCCGAGCAACUACCUACAAAUCAUCUAG